AUGCCUGCUCCCUGCCAAAUCGCUCAAAAGAAAAUCGAUCCACCUUCCAUCGGUCGCAAUGGAUACCAAGGAUUCUUGAACAAAUCCGAAAUUUUACCCAAGGGAUCUGCUCCCUUCAACUCUCGCAAACUUACAUGUGAUAUUCUCGUCGAACAUGACGUCGGUCUCAAAGUUCGUGAUGGUGCCACAAUCUAUGUCGACGUCUACCGACCUCCCGAUGGCGGCGAGAAGGUCCCUGCCAUUUUUUCCUGGUCUCCAUUCGGCAAGAAAUUGAACGGGUUGAAGUUCCUCGAAAUGAUGCCCCUUUACGAUAUGGGCUUGAAGCCUGACACACUCAGUGGUCUGGAGAAAUUCGAGGCCAUUGACCCAGCCGAUUUUGUACUGCGAGGUUAUGCUGUCAUCAAUGCCAAUACCCGCGGCGUUAGAGAUUCGGAUGGAAUGUGUAUUAUAAUGGGUACUCAGGAAGGAGAGGAUGGGGUUGACUGUAUCGAAGAGAUCGCAAAGAAGCCCUGGUGCAAUGGAAAUGUCGGCAUGGCUGGCAACUCUCCCCUCGCGAUUGCUCAGUGGUUCAUCGGACAGUUGCGCCCUCCCUCUCUUAAGGCCAUUGCACCUUGGGAGGGAUGUGGUGAUCUGUUCCGUGAGCAAUUUUUUCGUGGUGGAAUUUAUGCUGGUAACUUCUUCGAUCACAUCUCCCAGGUUAUGAUUCAAGGAAAUAACGGCAUGGAGAGCUUCAAAGAGAUGUAUCGCCGCAGCGGUGGAGUGGCGAACCCAUACUGGGAAUACAAGCGACCGUAUAUCACUAACAUCAAUAUCCCGACAUACAUCAAAGCAUCAUUUUCGAGUGCCUUACACACCAUGGGGUGCAUUCGUGGAUUCUUUGAUGUGGAUACCCCAAUAAAUGGAUCCGGUUCAGAGUGGCAUGACAGCUGGGCUGUUCCUAAGUACACCGAGGAGCUACUUAGCUUCUUCGAUCGGUAUUUGAAGGGCAUUGAGAAUGAUUGGGAGAAGAUCCCACCGAUUCGCAUGACUACUCUGCGUUUCGGCAGUCAGGAUGCCAUUGUGGACGAGCCCAUUGCCUCUUUUCCUCCACCACAAGUCCAGGAUCGCCAAUUAUUUCUCUCUGAGAAUGGUAGCUUGAACCUUGACAGCCAAAUCUCGAACACCGGCAUCGCAUCGUAUAACUCCGAGAGCGGUGCCUCCCAUGCCGCUUUCACAUACACUUUCGACAAGAAGACUCGGCUCUGUGGUAUUCCCAAGGCUGUUCUGUACAUGUCAUGCGACGCUCGCGACGAUCUGGAUGUGUACAUUAUUGUUCGCAAGCUGGACAAAAAUGGCAAGCCUGCAUUGGCAUUGAACGUUCCUUGGUCUUCCAUUCCACCGAAUUCGAUUGAAGGGAUUCCCCGGGAGAAGGCCACUGAUCUCUUGUUGUACAUGGGUCCGAUCGGUAUGUUGCGUGAAUCUCAUCGUGAGAUUGAUAGCUCACGCUCGAUGCACCCAAACUACCCCUUUCACCCGCACACUCGCACCCAGCCCGUACCAGCUUGUGAGGUUGUUAAUGUGGAGUUUGAAGCCGGGGAGUCCGUCCAGGUUCAGGUGUCUGGUCAGUCACCUCAGAUCCAUUCUUUUGAGGAGCUGAAGGAUAAAUUGGGUAACCAUGAUAACAAGGGAGUGCACAAGAUCCAUUUUGGAGGGGACCACCCUAGUUAUGUGGUUCUCCCUUUUGCAUGA